UCUGCGUAGCGUACUACAUCGCCACUUCGCCAGAAUCGCCGCACACUCACGCGAAUCCCUAUUUAAACAUACUCUCUCUCAUUGCUUUCAUUUCACGCUCACCUCUUUCUUCCUUUGCUAGGUUUUCUCCAUUUUCUCUCUCCUCCAUUUUUGUUUGUUCGAAGAACAAGGAGAAGAACUAGCCAUGUCUGACGAAGAACACCAGUUCGAAUCCAAGGCUGAUUCCGGUGCCUCCAAAACUUUCCCUCAGCAAGCUGGUACUAUUCGCAAGGGUGGCUACAUCAACAUCAAGAAUCGCCCUUGCAAGGUUGUUGAAGUUUCCACUUCUAAGACUGGCAAGCACGGGCAUGCUAAAUGUAACUUUGUUGGUAUCGACAUCUUCACUGGGAAGAAGCUUGAGGAUAUUGUUCCUUCCUCCCACAAUUGUGAUGUUCCCCAUGUCUCUCGUACUGAUUACCAGCUCCUUGACAUAACUGAGGAUGGUUUUGUUAGCCUGCUGACUGAUAAUGGAGACACUAAGGAUGACUUGAAGCUCCCAACUGAUGAGGCUCUGCAUAAACAGAUCACCGAAGGAUUUGCCGAGGGUAAAGAUAUGAUUGUGAGUGUGAUGAGUGCCAUGGGAGAAGAACAAAUUUGCGGCCUCAAGGACAUCGGACCCAAGUAACUGAUUUGUGACGAUUCAAGUUGCCUGAAGCAAUAGAGCAUGAAAUAUGUGUGGUGUUAGCUUUUCUGAGAUAUCAUGUAUUUUGAGUUUAUGCUGAAAAUGAUUUAUGUCAUGGGGCCUCAUACUAGCUCCUAUCUUAAGGUUUGGCUCUUUAUGUUGACCAUUGUUAUCAAAUUAAGCAAGCUGUUUCAAUUUUAAAAAUGUAUUGAUAUUUUUUAUGCACUGAUAUGAAACUUGUGCUUUCUAUCAAUCAAUGUUUCUCUUUUGGCUUGAAGCAUA